CAUCUCGUCUUGUUUCUAGAAAGGCAUCUUCAUCUUGUACUUUUUUUAGAUCUCAGGUACCUACCUACCUCUGGGUAGCUAAGCAUGCAACGAUCUCAUGCACGACGCUUCUGUGAACGAUCCUGCAUUCUCCAAUGGCCCAGUUAUUCUUCACAGCCUAAGACUUAAGCUGCGCCAGAAAUGGUUCAGAGCCAUGAGCGCAGCACCAGGAAAAAGGACGCCUUUGAGAUCGAUCACUGGCCUGCCCAGGUAGCUAAGCGGCCUUUUGUCCCGUCCCAGCCCGCCAAGACGACGGACCUAGACAAUACUUGGAGCCCUGAAAGAACAACGGUUUCCCUUGAUCCCUUCUGCUCGCGGUACUCUCGCUUCCACAGGACCCUGGCCAGCAGGCCUGUACGGGCGCUGUAUCCGAUCCCCUUAAAAAGGCCCCAGCCCACCCUGUGAUUAUUAUGAAGGCGGAUUAUUGAACCAGCAUUCGGGCUUCUAUGGAGAAAAGGGUCCCUGAGUGCUACGUUCUGGAAAGAAAUGCCUUCUUUCCAACUUGUGGGGGUAAAGAAAAUAUGCUGCCGUGCGGCACACCACGAGUUGAUGAUGACAAUGUCUUACUCUGCAUUGCCUCGCGUUGCGCUUG